AUGGCGCCGAAAAAUAAGGGGAAGAAGGGGAAGAAGAACGACGACGAUUUCUGGGAAAAGGCGGGCGAACCGGCUGCACCGCUCGCGGCUAAUGGCGACGGCGACGAAUCGGAUGGCGGCAUCACCGCGCCGAAGAAGAAGGGCGGCGCGUUCUCUGCGUUUGCGGCGCUCGAUGACGGGAGGGAGGAUCCGCCCGAGGUGGACGAGAACGAGGACUUCGGUGGACUCAUGUCCACGCUCAAAUCCGCGGCCGCAAAAGGCGGCAAGAAAGAAAAGAAGAAGAAGCGGAACGCGGUCACGGACGACGACUUUGACGCUGUGCUUGCCGCUGUGAAUGGCGAUGCCGAAGAGCCUGCAGAGUCUAAGGGCCCCGUGGAGAUGACGGCGGAGGAGCUGGCGGACGAGGAGUGGGGACCGGUCAAGGGCAAGGACAAGAAGAAGAAGGAGAAGAAGGGUGGGAAGAAGGGUGGGAAGAAAGAGGUCGAUGAGGAUGAGGAGAACGGAGAAGCGCCGGGCACGCCUAAGCCGGCGGAGGAGGCGAAGGAGGAGGAGCCCAAGGCGGAGGCCGAUGCGGAGGGAGACGAUGCGGAGGAGGGCGGGACGAAGAUAUUGAGUAAGAAGGAGAAGGAGAAGUUGAAGAAGGAGAAAGAGAAGGCGAAGAAGAAGGCGCAGGCAGCGGCAAAGAAGGCUCAAGCUGGAGACGCUCCAGCGCCAGCAGCAGAGCCCACAGCCGCCGCAGAAGAAGCCGCGUCCGCACCGGCAGCUGCAGAGAAGGACGAGGAUGACGAGGAUGAGGGCGGCGCAGGGGCUGGCGGCGACAAGAAGAAGAAAAAGAAGAAGAAAGCAAAGAAAGACGAGGAGCCCGCGCCGGCGCCUAGUAAGAAGAAGGGCGGCAUCUCGGCGCUGCAGGCGUUGGUGGCGGAGAGGAAAAGGUUGGAAGAGGAGCAGAGGAGGAUUGAGGAGGAAGAGCUAAGGAGGAUUGAGGAAGAGGAGAGGAAACGCGAGGAAGAGGAGAAGCGGAAGGAGGAGGAGAAAGCGCGGAAGAAGGAGAAGGAAAAGGCGAAACGAGAGCUGGCGAAGAAAGAAGGCCGUCUGCUCACGAAAAAGCAGAAGGACGAACAGCGCGCGGCCGAGCUCCGUCGCCAAGCGCUGCUCAAGUCAGGCGUCACCAUCGAGGGCCUGCAACAGCGCGAACCCGGCGCACCGGCCAAGAAGCCCGUCUACGAUAACAAGAAGAAGAAGGGCGGCAAAGGUCCACAACAGGGUACUUCAGCUACAUCGUCCCCAGCGCCGUCCGCACCGGCAACUCCCGCGCCUGCACCGAAGAAGGAAUUGUCACCUGAACCGGCUCCCGCACCGGCGCCGGAGAAGGACGAUGACGUGAAGGAUGAUUGGGACGCGAGCAGUGAGGAUGAGAAGCCGAAGGCGGAGGUCAAGAGCGAUUGGGACGCGUCGAGCGACGAGGAGGAAGAGAAAGCGCCCGCAGAGCCGCCCAAGAAGGUCGCCGCUCCCUCCGGCGCACCGAGCGCUGCAGCUCCCGCCAAGCCCACGCCGGCCAAGUCUGCUCCAGCAGCAGCCAAGGCCGUUCCAGCAGCAGCGAAAGCCGCCGCGGCGAAGACUGCCACGACCAAAGCGCCCGCACCGGCCGCGAAAGCCGCGAACGGCAAGGCCGCGCCGCCGCCUGCCGAAGAGUCAUCAUCCGAAGAAGAAGAUUCGUCAGAAGAGGACUCGAGCGAGGAGGACAGUGACUCUGACGACGACUCGGACGAAGACUCCUCGGACGAGGAGCUCACAGCCGUCCAAAAGGCUGCCGCACAGCGUAAAGCCGAAGCCGCCGCCCGUCGUGCGAAGGCACACGAGGAAGCUCUGGCCGCGCGGAACAAGGACGACUUGCGCAGUCCCAUCUGUUGUAUCUUGGGACACGUCGACACGGGCAAGACCAAGCUGCUCGACAAGAUCCGGCAGACGAAUGUGCAGGAGGGCGAAGCGGGCGGUAUCACGCAGCAGAUCGGUGCCACCUACUUUCCUGUCGAGGCGAUCAAGACGAAGACAGCUGUAUUGAACAAGGACAACAGCUUCGAGUACAAGAUCCCUGGUCUUCUCAUCAUCGAUACGCCUGGACACGAGUCGUUCACGAACUUGAGGACGCGUGGGAGUUCACUUUGUAACAUCGCCAUUCUCGUCGUUGAUAUCAUGCACGGUCUCGAGCCUCAAACGCUUGAAUCUCUCCGCCUCCUUCGCGAUCGCAAGACGCCCUUCAUCGUCGCGCUCAACAAGAUCGACCGUAUCUACGGCUGGGACGCCACACCCAACGGCGCCGUCCAAGAAUCGCUCGCCAAGCAAAAGCAAUCUGUCCGUCGCGAGUUCGAGGACCGUGUGAAAGCUACGAUCCUCGCGUUCGCCGAACAAGGUCUGAACGCGACGCUCUACUACGAGAACAAGAACUUCGCGCGCAACGUCUCGCUCGUCCCCACGUCCGCCAUCACGGGCGAGGGUGUGCCGGAUAUGAUCAUGUUGCUCGUCAAUCUGACGCAGCAGAGGAUGAGCGAGCGGUUGAUGUAUCUCAGCGAGCUGGAGUGCACGGUUUUGGAGGUGAAGGUCAUUGAGGGUCUGGGGACGACUAUCGAUGUCGUCCUGAGCAACGGCGUGUUGCAUGAGGGCGACAAGAUCGUCAUCUGUGGGCUGAACGGGCCGAUCGUGACGCAGGUCCGCGCGCUCCUCACACCCCAACCUCUCCGCGAACUGCGGAUCAAGAGCAACUACGUGCACCAUAAAGAGGUCAAGGCCGCGUUGGGAGUCAAGAUCGUCGCGCCGGAUCUGGAGAAGGCCAUUGCGGGUUCGAGGUUGUUGGUGUGUGGACCGGACGACGAUGAGGAUGAUCUGAGGGACGAGGUUAUGAGCGAUUUAACGACGCUGCUCAACUCGAUCGAUAAGUCCGGACGCGGAGUCUGCGUGCAGGCCUCGACGCUCGGCUCGCUCGAGGCCCUGCUUGACUUCCUCAAAUCCAGCAAGAUUCCCGUCUCUGGUAUCAAUAUCGGCCCGGUACACAAGAAGGACGUGAUGCGCGCCGCGACGAUGCUCGAGAAGGCCAAGGAGCUCGCGUGUAUCCUCUGUUUCGACGUUACUGUGGACAAAGAUGCGGAGCGGAUGGCGGAGGAGAUGGGCAUCAGGCUGUUCAAGGCUGAUAUCAUCUACCAUCUCUUCGACGCGUUCACGGCGUAUAACGCCGAGAUCGUCGAGGCGAAGAGGAGGGACGCGGCCCCGAUCGCGGUGUGGCCGUGUAGGCUGAAGAUCAUCGCGUGUUUCUGUAAGAGGGACCCGAUCAUUCUGGGCGUCGAUAUUCUGGAUGGCACGUUAAGAGUGGGCACACCGCUUUGUGUUGUCAAGGUGGACGCGACGACGGGCGCGAAGGAGAUUAUCGAGUUGGGGAAGAUCACCUCGCUCGAGAUCAAUCACCGCUCGAUGGACACCGUCAAGAAGUCCCAAGCGGGCGGUGGUGUCGCCGUCAAGAUCGAGCACGCCGUGUACCAGAGCGCGAAGAUGUUCGGGAGGCAUUUCGACGAUAAGGACGAGCUGUACUCGCGCAUUACGCGCCAGAGUAUCGACGUGCUCAAGGAGAACUUCAAGGCUGAUGUUAGCAACGAUGAGUGGUUGCUCAUCAAGGCGCUCAAGCCGCGUCUGAACGUACAGUGA